AGGUCCGGCUGAGGCCGGGUAGUGUCAGCCAGCCUCUCCCCCAGACCGGCACAGCCGCUCCUCAUCAUCCUACCACCAAUAUGUUGUCUUAUAUUGGCAGGAGUGGGCAGCUUGCCCCUACCCUGAAGGGCACGUCCCAGGCAGUGGCUGGAGGACUGAGAAAUAUUAUCCCGGGUGUAGUUGAUGGGCAGCAAGUGGAGGUUGUGGCCAGCCAGCCUCCUGUCCUCACCACCACCACCAUGGCCAAAUCUGCCCCUCACGGCCUCUCACUGUUAAGUCAGGUGUUGCAGCAAGCUCUCAAAUACGAUAUGCCCAUACGGAUAUCAAAGUACCAGACUUUAGUGCAUAUCGACGUAAUUCUGUUAAGGAUACCCAUGUCAAAGCUGGUGAAUCAGAAACUGCCGAAAACUUUCACAUACCUGCUUGCUGGAGGUAAGAAAUUUUGUAUCAUGUCUGCUACCUUAUUACUCUAUGCUAAAGAUUUCACCGUGUUUGUAAGUAGAGGACUUACUGUCAAGGAUAAGCUGUUGAGCCUUGCCAUGUCGCCAACUGGAAAAGCCCAGGCUGGGACAACACGACGAACCCACAUCAAUCAACUAUCAACUAAUUGUGGGACAUCUCUUAAACUAUGGCUUUACCACCAAUGA